AUGACCUCGGUGUCCGUGGGCGCGCCGGUGCCUUCGGAGUCUCGCCGGUGGUCGGGGCCGGAGCUGCUGGCGCUGGCCGCGUCGCAAGGGGGUGCUUACCUGGGCUUCGGGCUGCAGUACGCGCUGCUCACGCCAUUCGUGCUGGAGUUGGGUGUGCCCGUGCGCUGGGCCUCCAUCAUUUGGCUGGGUGGACCCAUUACAGUCUUCUCGACCUUGCAGCGCUCAGCAAUCAAAGCGAAGCGGAUUGCCGUUUCAUUUCCCAACGAAGCUAUGUCGGUCCUGCGGUGCCUGGUGUUCUUCGGCGUCGUUGCUUAUGGAGCGGCGAUGAAGUCAUCGAUGUCCGCUUUGCGGAGUAUUGUCAACGGCACGGGCUCGCAGGCUCCGGGCCUGUCGCAGAUGCAGCUGGCGGUGCAGCAGCUGCUGGGCAAUGCGGGGUCCCCGGGCAUGACGGACUUCUCGGCACAGCUGGACAAGGUGAUCGAGGAGCAGAUGAAGAAGGCGGUGCUCACGUCCAAGGGGACGCUGCAGACUGAGUUGGAUGGCCACUACUCCUCCGGCUACGAUGCCUGCGAUGCGUCCUUGAGCACGAGCCAGGGCACGGACGGGGUCCUGGACAAGAAGACCUCCGUCUUCACCGCGGCGGCGGCGCAGCACAAGACCUGCCGCACCCAGGAGGCGGCGGACGCCACCGCCAAGGACACCUGCGACUCGCAAGAGUCGGAGCUGAAAACCAAGAAGGAGGCCGCCUGUAAGGUAGUCUCGGACUACGACAGCUCUACGGUCACCAACUGCGCCAGGCAGGGGGGGGAGAGCUACGUGACCUACACCGGCCGGCUGGUGGUCUACUACCAGGCGGAGCUCGAGAAGGCGAAGAAGGCGGAGGAGCUGUGCGAGACCGCCACCAAGGACUAUGACGCAAAGGUAGCCGAGUGCACUGGGCUGAAGAGCGAGUGGGAGAAGCAGAGGGCAGCCUGCAACACCCAGCAGGAGACUAUGGACACGGCGUCAUGUACGGUUUUGUCGACUUCUGCGACGGUUUGCGAGGAGUACGCAGCCUGCAACGAGAAGGCCACCACUUCCUACAACUCGGACAAGAGCUCGGUGCAGAGCCAGGAGGCGAGCUUGAAGAGCGAAUGGAUUGCGCUGAUGCACAUGCAGUGCCUGCUCGGCGUCUUCAGCAAGAGCGACAAUGAACGGGCUGCAGCGAUGAAGGCGUGCAACGACAAGGACUUCCAGCCCGCCGCGGACGCCGCGUUGUCCUUGACCUACCCGGCCAAGGUGCCGCGAGACCCGAAGAGCUGCGCCAGCGCCUCGAACACCGUGCAGAGCGCCAGCUACGCGGAGACCCACUACGACACGCUGCCCAGCAACGCCCAGGCCAAGACCUGCAUCGCGGAGUGCUGUGCCAAGUGCGACAGCUUCACCUGCCCCUGGGGCUACGCUCAAAAGGACAACGCGCAGAACAUCUUCGGAGCUUUGCGGGACGAAUGCUGUGAGGAGUCGCUCUUGUUGCAAGGUUCCCACCUGGUCACCGACGAGAAUCAGAUCAGGUUGAUUAGUGGCUGGAUGCAGCAGUUUGGCUGGGCGACCUCGGGCUGGACGUUGUGCUACCGCAAGUCCACGCAUGGAGGAACUGGCUCAACCUGGCACAGUCAAUGCAAUAACAAGGGCAAGACCAUCAGCAUCAUCAAGCUGAGCACCGGCAGGGUGAUUGGAGGGAUGACCAGCAUCCCCUGGAAGGGCGCCAACAGCAGAUACUGGAGCUCAAGCUACGGCAAGGGAGCACUUUUCUCAUUGACCAACUCCUUUCUGCACACGGUGAAGAACACCAAUUAUGUCACCUACGACCGCGCAGACUAUGGGCCCUGCUUUGGUGGAGGUCACGACUUUGUUAUAUACAACACCUGGGGCGGGUACUGCAACAUCGGGCACUCGUACAACUGCCGAGUGGGAAGCUACGCGAAAUCGGAUUGCAGGAACGAUUUCUGCGGAAACUACAAUUCCUGGUCGGUGCAGGAGCUGGAGACUUACUACCUCAACUGA